AUUAGAUAUAAAGACAGAGUGGAUUUAAUGAUCGAAAUGUCUAAAUAAUUCGUAAGAGAAGUUUAGAAACUCAAAUUUUGUGCAGUUUGACAUAUUAGACAGAUAAAACAUGUGCCUGCUAAAUAAAAACAUAAACAGUGAAAGUACGACGUUUUUGAUUGGACCAAAUAAGAAAGUGUUUUCAUUAGGAACCAAUGAAAUUGUAUGUUUCGGCUCAAGCUAGAGCAAGAUUACCAGGGAACCUCUUCCGCUGCAACAGUUCGACAAAAUUUAAAUGUUUCUUUAUUAGAUGGUGUUAAAGAUAAAGGACACAUGAAUUGAGACAUUUAAUUAGUACCAGGUAUCGAUUUCCAUCUGUUUAAAUCGAGGGAAGCCUUACAAUGUCUGAAUCUUUCAGUUCCAAAAAGAGGAAUGGUGGCAUGCAAAAUUUGCUUGGAGAAUUCAAAGGGCUCUACGAAACAAGGCUUCGCAGGCUAGAUGAAGCUGACCAUUCAGGAGAAGACACAGCAAAGACAAGAGUGAGAAUUAUGCAAGCUUACGUAAAUGAUUUGACAGAACAGAAUGAAGUGUUAGUCCAAACAGUAGAGGAAUUAGAAAGAGAAGCCAAUGAAAGGGUCAACAUCCUGGAGUCCAAACUAAAACAGGUUUCUGGGUCAACUAAGGAAUAUGUGAACAAAGCAAGGGAUUUAGAACGAGAGUUGAGAGCUCUAACUAUAGAGAAAACAAGAGCAGAAGCAAUGAUAGAGGAACGAAGGACUCUUAGGAUAGAAACUCAGUGGUCUCCUUACAAGGAAAUGCAGGAUCGAUUAGGGAGACAGGAUGAAAACUUAAGUCGUUUACGAGACGAGAAUUCUAACCUAAACCAUGACAUUAACCAGUUAAUAUCUGUCAUCAGUACUGCUAGAACCACAGGACGAUGGGAGACAAUAAAUUGUAAUUUUCGUGAGCUGUCUAUGGACCAGGUUUUUGGUUCCCUCCAUGAACAGUUAACUGGAAUUAGGAAUUCUGAAGGUGCCUUUGAAGAAAGAAUUCGAGAACUGAAUGAAAAAUUACGGCGAAAAGAUGAGCAGAUAGAUUCCUUACAAAGAUCUCAACCACAAAAUACUUCAGUCAGGGCUUCCCAAGAUGAGAAGACAGGAGAAAAAGAUCCAUUUAGACAAAUAGCUGAACGUGACUUUACCAUCAUGCAGAUGAAGAACGAUUUACGUAGAGCAGAACAAAAAUCAGAAGAUCUGACAGCUGAUGUAUCAAAUCGGGAACGCAAGAUUUCAUCCCUCCAAGCACAACUUAGUGACCUCCAUAAUCAGGUCUCUAGAAGGGAGGCAGAAAUAGGAGCAGGACAGCAGACCAUUAAAUCACUACAGGAUAAACAUCGUUUUUCUGCAGGGGAGCUGGCAAAAUCUGAAGAGACAAUGAGACAACUUAAGUUGGAUGUACAACAAUACAAAGAUAGAUACAGUCAAACUAGCCAAGAGAUCCCCCAUUAUGAAAGAAGGUUACGAUCACUGGAAGCUGAUCUUCAAGAAUCCAAAGAACAUAGGAGAAAAGCCAUGGAAGAGAUUGGAGUUUUGCAAGAUAGAGUAAGGGAUUCUCAAUCUUCUAAGAAAGACCACCAUGACAUUUUGAAAUCUGAAUUGGCAAGAAGAGACGAGACUAUCCAGAAAUUAAGACGGGAUGUCCUUGCAUUGCAAGAGAAAAGAGAUGCUGCAGUUUCAGAGCUGGAUUCAAAAAUACACUCCCUCAACCAGACUGAGGACCAGAAAAAGCUUAAAGAGGAAGAGAUGCACAGAUUAGAAGCAAGGUGCAAGGUGGCAGAAGAAGAAAUUGAGUCGCUGAGAAGAAUGAACGAAAACUAUAAAUCUGAUGCCAGUGCAAACGUAACCAAGGUAACUCGAGCAGAGGCGGAGCAACAAACGUUGAAAGCCCAACAUGCCGAAUCUUUGGCACAGGUCCAGAAACUGACAACCUCUUUGAAUAAACUACAGAGUUCUUCAAAAGAUACAAGAGAUGCUCUGACUGCUGAGUAUGGUUCUCAUCAGUAUGGUGUUGCUGAUAGACACGACAGCCUUGUUAAGAUGAGGAAUGAGAAUCGUGAUCUGGAAGAGAAGUUACGAGAGGCUCUCGGAUCUGCACACCACAGGGGGGAUGUAGUCAAACAGAUGAGAGAUGAAGUCAAACAGUAUCAAGUCAGAUUACAAGAAAGCCAGAGGAAAAUGGAGUCUAUGAAUCAAGACCUUCAGCAAUCUCAGAGUCGAUACACUGCACAGGCUAGAGAGAUUGAUCGUCUCCAAACAGAGACACAAGAGAAAGACCUGACCAAAAGCCAAGGUGAAACUGUAUUGAAGUCUGAGAUUGCUGAUAGAGAGGAAGAUAUCCAUAGACUAAAGGCUGAAAUAUGUGUACUCCAUGAAAAGUUAUCUCAGAGUUCUGGUCAGCUGAUGUCUAGGGAAGAACAGAUUCAACGACUUAGUCUGAACAGGGAGGAUAUACAUAGGGAACUUGAACACAAAGAUGCCCUCAUUCAGAGGCUGGAGUCAGACUUCUCUAUUGCAAAAGAGGAAAGAAGAAAAUCUGAGGAUAUACUAUCAAGAAGGGAGAUAACUAUCCAGCAGCAAGAACAUGAUUUGGAAACAGUCAAACAACAGUACAGGGAAGCAGUAGAAGAGAAUGGCAGAUUGGAGGCCAGGAUUCAGGCAUUUGCUAUAAAUGCACAGAGUGAACAAGAUGUUCUUAGCUCUGAGGUAAAGAGAAGAGAGGAUGCAAUCAAAAGGUUAAAGAUGGAGCAUGUUUCACUACAAGAGUCAAACAGCAAAUUUGCUGAGAAGGUUAACCAGUUAGAAAGAGAAUUGGACCAGCUCAAACAAAGAUUCAGAACAACACAGGCUGAGGUUGACACCAAAUCAGGCAUGAUCAGUAAUUUGGAACGUCAGCUGGACGAGUCUAAGAAAAGAACUUCUCAUCAGUUCGAUGAAAUCCAGAAACUUGAAGAUCAAGUACGGGAACUCAAUGUAGAGCUUGCCUCUGUUCAGUCUCAGGCUGACAAACUACACCAGAAUAAUACAACAAAAGAUGAGUUAAUACAGCAACUUAAAGGAGAUAUUGAUGGUCUACAGAAACAGAGGAAGGACAUGGGAGGAAAGAUGAUUGUUAGAGAUGAAACCAUACAAAAGUUAAAUUCUGAAAUUGGAAAGUUGAAAGCAAAACAUCAAGACAAAUUAACAGAAAUCCAGAAAACAACUGAAACAGUAAAGAAACUACAAGAUGCUUUAACCAGGACUCAUGUUGAUUUAGAUAAGACAAAGAAACAGUCUGAUGAAGAAGUGAGGAGGAGAGAUGGGACUAUCAAACAGUUACAAGAAGAUUUGAUGGAAUCCCAGGCUCAAUACAGUUCCUGUUACAAUGAGAUGUUGAAGGCAGAAGAUGACAUACAGAACCUUAAGGCUGAGAAUUCUCAGUUGAAUAGUAAUAAUCAACAUAGUGGUCAAGAGUGUGGUCAUCUGACAGAACAGGUCAAUCAGAUGGAAUUAGAACUUACUAUAUCACAGGAAAAACACAGGACAUGUCAGAAAGAGGUUGCAAGCAGAGAUCAAGUGAUUUUGAAAUUACAGACAGACUUGGACACAUCCCAAGAAAAAUAUACUGGUUGCAUGGAAGAGUUAAACAUAAGAGAAGAUGAAGUAAUCAGAUUGAAUAACAAGAUAAAAGAAUACCAACAAGAAAUGAGGAAUCUUAAUGCCAGGAUCGAUGAAGAUGAACAGAGGCUUUCAAGUGAUGGGAAGACAAUCCAAAAUCUACAACAUGAUCAAGAAAUCCAGCUCUCUGAGGUUAAAAAUUAUAUGAGAACUAUUGAGCAACUGAAAACAGACUUGCAAAUGGCAAGAAACAGUCAUGGUCAAGAUGUGAAUAGAAUGCAACAAGAUUUGGACAUGUCUCGAGAUGAGGUCAACAUCACAAAGAGCGAGUUAAAGGAAACACAAGUCCAGGUUCUGGAACAGAAGGCCAGUAUUGCAGCUCUCAAUGACGAGCUAGAGAGACUACAAAGGAUACAGUCAGAUACUGCUCAGGAGGUUGACCGCCAGGCAGCUACAAUUCAGGAAUUGGACACAUCAUUAUCUGAUGCUAAACAGCAUGUAAUUGUCUUAGAGGACCAAGUCGAUUCUUCUAAGAACGAAAACGAAAAAUUAGAUUUGAAUUUAAACAGUUUGAAACAAAAAUACAAUCAGAGCAUGAAUGAACUUGCCCACUUAGAUAAUACAGUAAAAACAUUACAAGAAAAGCUAGCGGAAAGUCGUAACAAGGAACUGGAUAAGGACCAGAGAAUCGACAGUUUAAAAACAGACAUGGAGAAUUUAGAUAGGAUGUACACAGAUACUAAACACGAGGUUAAGAAAUGUGAGGACGUGAUUGAACAAUUAACACAGGAAUUCAGUACAUCACAAGAGGAUUUGUCUGUCGCUCAGGCUAGGAUGAGGGAGAAUGAAGACAAUAUUAGGAAUCUCAAAGAUAGAGUUCAGGAUCUUACUGCAGAGGCAUUAAAGAAUGAAGAAAGAGCUAAGAAGUUAGAGAAUGAACUGUUCACAUACCAAGGAGAACAUAGUCAUACAGAUACUGAGUAUCUAGAGAAGGAAGACAGAAUAGCCCAUUUGGAAUUAGAACUUGAAGAAACCAGAUCUGAACUCGGUGCCAAGCUCCGUCAAAUUUCGGAUCAUCAAGAUCAAAUCAAUGACCUUAGGGUGGAGCUUGCUUCAGUCAGAGAGCAGAAAAACAGUGCCAUGAAAGAGAUUGACAGAUUAGAACAGAGUAUUCAGCAACUUCAGUUAAAUCUUGCCAGCUCUCAUCAACGUCAUAAACAUGAUACUAAUAACAUGUCAGAACAGUUGUCUACCCUUGAAUCUGCCCUUCACCAAACCCAGGCUAGAGGUCAAGCCUUAGAACAGGAACUUAACCGACGUGAAGAUCAACUGAAGCAGAACGAGGCCGACAUUAAAUCUUGUAGAGAUGAUAUCGUUAACAAGAUGGAGGAGAUUGAGAAACAUGAGGCUAACAUUAAAGAUCUGAGACUAGAGAAUAAUCAUCUACAGUCGUCAAAACAAAGAGCUGAAAAUCAGGUAUCAGAACUACAACAAGAGGUUGACCAUGUAAAGAAUGACCUCUCAGAAGCCAGAGCACAGUACAAAGAUUGUGCACAAGAGUUGGCACAUCAUGAAGAGAAGUUGAUGUUGAUGGAACAAUCUCUACAGACCACUCAAGACCAACUUAGCCAGCGUGUGACCGAGGUCGUCCGUCAUGAACAGGUCAACAGGAAGUUACAGAUGGAAGUUAAGACGCUACGGGAACGUAGCACAAGUUUCGAAGAAGAAAUCAUUGAGCAGAAAACCAUUAUUGAUAAGUUACGUAAAGACAUGGUGAAGGUCAAAGAAGAGCACCAUGCUACUGUCCAAGAGGGAAUGGCGUAUAAACAACAGGCUCAUAAGUUAGAGGUGGAGUUGGAGGGAUCUAGGGAACAGGAGAAGAUGUUAUCAGAACAGGUUGAACAACAAGAUCAGAUUUUAACUCAGCUACAACAAGAAUUGAGAGCUGAACGAGAACGUCACCAAGAAACUGCCAGGCAAUAUAAUCAGGCCAAGAAAAUCAAUUCUGAUCUACAAGAAGACAUUGACAACUAUAACAAAUCCGUCCAGGACCUGACUAACCAUAUUAAAGAAAAAGAUGAUUUAAUCAGCAAGCUUAGAGGGGAAAUUGAGUCAUUACAGCAGAGACAAAGGGCAUUAAAGGAGGAGUUAGCAGAGAGGGAAGGACAGCUGAGGGUCGCUAAGAUGAACUUACAGACUGCUCAGAAACAGAGUCAUCACCAUGCACAAGAGAUUGAAAGAUAUGAGGAAACAUUGGCACAGAUUCAGGCUGAAUAUGAGAAAACACAAGAACAGUAUAGGAGGGCACAUGCUGAUUUAAUGGACCAGGAACAGAGAACACAUGACCUCAAAGUUCAAUUAACCACAGUUCAAGGUCAUCACAAGGAAUCCAUGGAUCAGUUGUCAGAGAAUUCCAGACAGUUGGCAGCACUCAAAACUGAUCUCCACAAAUCUCAGCAACAAAACAUGGCAAUCACCGAAGAGCUCCGUGAAUAUGAAGAAAAGAUGAGAUCAAUGACAAACGAGCUGAGGAAACUGCAGGAAAUAAACCGAGCAUCUGAAGAUGAGCUUCAGAACAUGGAUAUGAAACUUUCGGAAACCCAACAGGAGUUGUUGAACAGUCAGGAUAAACAUAGACAGAGCCUACAGGAGUUCUCCGCUAAGGAGGAGGAAUUAGUGGUGUAUAAAGUAGAACUUAGUAACAUACAAGAGAAAUAUAAAGCUAAGUUAGAUGAGAGUGAAAAUAUGAGGAACCAACUAGAGUUAAUGAACCACAACUACAGGAGUGCAAAUGAUGAAAUCCAAGGCCUGAGAGUUGCCCUUGAAGAAUCAAGGUCAAAUGGAGACAGGCUUCACAAGGAGAGUGAACUAGUUGUUCAGAAUGUCAAUACCUGGGUUCAGGAACAAAAACUUGCCAAUGAGAAACUUGGAAAGAAGAUCCGAGAACAGAGUAAAGCCAUUAUGACUCUCACUGCUGAAAAAGAGCAACUUUUAGAACAAGUUACCAAAUUACAGAAAUUCAGCAAUAAAGCAAAGAUUGAAUUAGAAGAAAGGAGAGAUGAGUCUGACAAAUUUAAGGCAUUACAGAAUCAUUCAGCACACCAACAAGUAGUAUUAAAUCAACUUAGAAAUCGUCUUGAAGAUAAUGCAAGUGACCAGGACCAUGAACUACAAGCUAAAGUAGCAACAAUUGAAGAUUUACAUAGUCGAUUGAAGAUUAAUGUGGACAAUAUACAACAACUUAACCAACAGAUGAGUUCAUUACAAAAGGAAAAUCAGCGAUUAAGGAAUGAUUUAGACAGAGAAAUACACUCUAGACAAACCUUAGAACUUCAAAUAGAAAGUAAAGAACAAACAAUUAACAGUUUAAAAUCUCAGAUGGAGGCUCGAAGGCAUUUACAUAUAGAAAACAGUUCACCUUUAAAGGAAAAACCAAUGGGGUCCACUGAUGUAGAUAUUGAUAAGCAAAAAGCCUACAGUAAAGGUAUUGAAGAUGCAGGAAUAUCGGACGCUGCGGCUUUAGAUAAAAACUACUGGAUACAAAGAGUUGGAGAGAGAUAUCCCAGCAGUUUUGAAUAGUUAUCUAUACAGCUACAACAGAGUAGUGACUAUUGGGCAGAUAAAGUCCGUGACUUAUCUGGACAAUUAGAGAAAAGCCGUAUCAUCUCUAGUCCAAUCCGACCACGAUAGUCCAUCCACUUCAUCGUCAUUCCGUCCACAUUAUAUUCAUGGAACUUUUAUUUAUUGUUUAAAUGGAUAAAGUAGUUUUUAGUCAAUUUAUAUAUGUUUUAUACAACAAAGUGCUGAAAGCCGUCCAAAAUUUAUUAUUAUUUUUUUUUAAAGAGAGAUUUUAGCAUGUAUAUGUAUAUCUUAACCAUACUGUUGUAAUUUAAAUAUUUUAUGGAGAGAAAAAAUAAUGUACUAGGAACAUGUUUGCCUUGUUCUUUAAAUAUGGUAAAUUAGUUAGAAUAAUAGUUUGUGAAUAUUAUGUUAUAUUUGUUUCAAUCAUGACAGUUUAUCAAGACAAGGAAGUAGAUUAUCAUGUUAACAUAGUUGGGUAAGGGAACAAAUCAACACCAGAAAUAUCGGUAUUGUUCUGAAAUUAGGGUUUUUCCUUCUACCGAUUUGUGUAACAUUUAUCAAUGCUAUCAUCUAUAAUUAGGCAGCAAAUCUUUAAUUUCUCUUAUGUCUUGAAUUUAAAAUUUUAACCUUUUCUUGAAUUUGAGGUUCAUUUGUUUACUAAUGAAGUGAAAUUUAUUAUUAUAUAGGCUGUCCAUUUUAUUGUGAAAAAGGGAAAAUAGAUAAAUUGAGUUAUUUAAAUCAGCAUUGUAAGUUAGGAUUUCCUUAUUCCCUGCAUAAACAGUAUUCUUAAUACUUUACUAUUUUUUGGUCACAGAAUUCCAGUUUUUUAUUUCUCACAAUUUUAAUUAUUUAUAUUUUAUUAUUUAAGCUUUUUUUUUUAUUUUGCAACUAUUUAUUAUUAUAUUAAUAAUUGAUAAUUUUAAAUAUCAGUUUUUGAUUUAUUGAUUUGUAUUAUAGUUACAAGCUAUUUUAAGAAACUUAUGUUCACAUAUAUUUUUUAUUUUAUUUAAAAAAAAAAAAAAUUGAGAAUCAGUGCGAACAUUUAAAAUCAAUUUCAUGAUUUUUUAGUAUAUUUAGAAUCUGUAUAAGAAAUUUACACACAAAAUAAUGUUCACAUAAACUUGUGAUUUUUUUCAAAAGUGAGAAACAGUAGAUAAUCAUUUGAAUGUUGUAUUAUUUAAGAAUAGAAGGUUGUUAGGUGCUACAAAUAUUAUGGAUCACCAGUAUUUACAUCUUUUUUCGUUUGUUUGAUAUUUUUUUAUUGAUAGAAAGGUCAUAUAAGAUAGUGUUAUGUCUACAGAACUGAAAUUAAGGGCAAGAUAUUGACCUUAUGAUUAAAAAAAAUAUUUUUCUUUAUUUUCUCAAACAAUAUCUUACUAAUUGAUUUGAAAUAUACAAUUUUUAUUAUCAGAACACGGAUCUUUCAGAUCUACCAUGACUAAUUAAAAAAGGAAUGUAAAAGUAUAUUAAAAAAAUGAAGUAAAAUUUGUCUCCCUUUUCAAAAAAGUUAAGAUUAUGAAGUAAGAUUUGUCUCCCUUCACAUUAAAGUUUUGAAAUUGAAGUAAGAUUUGUCUCCCUUUACUUAAAUGUUGAGAAAUUGAAGUAAGAUUUGUCUCCCUUUAAAUAAGUUUUGUAGUCAUUCCACUAUUUUGUUACAAGACUGAGUAUCAAAACCAUUAAAGCUAUUAUCUGUGAUUUUGUAUGAGGUAGUAGUGUCUACCCAUACACGUAAAAUAGAUUAUGUAGAUGUCUGGUAGACGUAUGAGAUUUGUAGUGUGUGACAUUGUGUCUCAUUAUAUAUUUGUUUUAUAUUGGUAAUUAAAUUCUGGCUAGAUCCAGCUAAUCUUAUAAA